AGCCAAAUGAACUACUCAAGUGCUUAAGCAGUGAUUGGUUCACUCAUUGGCCAUAGCUCAGACGAACCAACUCCGCAACUCUCUUUUGUUUAUAAAAAGCAAAAUGGGAUUGACGUGGCAGCGGCUGAGAUUUAAUUUGUUAAUAUUGGUAAUUGCACUGAUAGCGUCUUGCCAAUUAAUUGCAUUUACUAGCGCACAGGAAGCACAACAGCCAUGGUAUGAAAAUUUGCCUGCUGUUGCAAUGGAUUAUAAGGUGCACAUAGAUGCCGGCAAGGAGGACUGCUACCAUCAGUAUGUGCAAGCGGGUGCUACCUUUUACGUUUCCUUCAGUGUGGUUCGUGGAGGAGAUGGUAUGGCUGGCUUUGCUGUUCGCAAUCCGUCUGGCACUAUCGUUAAGCCUUAUCAAUGGCAAGCCACAGCAGACUAUACUGAUCAAGUCUCUCCCGGAGGAUAUUAUUCCGUUUGCAUCGAUAAUCAAUUCUCACGCUUCGCUGGCAAAUUGGUCAACAUUUAUAUAACAGUGGUUAAAUACGAUGCUUGGGAUAAAUACGCAAAGGAAAUUGAGGAGUUGCAGCUAAAUAUGCAGAAUUUCACAACUACAAUUGGUACAGUGGAGCGAAAUAUUAACGAAAUAUUGGGCUAUCAGGCGCACAGCAGACAUCGAGAGUCGAGGGAUUAUGCGUUGCUGCUUGAUAAUAAUUCCUACAUACAAACGUUCUCCAUUAGUCAAAUUAUUGUCAUACUGAUCACCUGUUCCAUUCAGGUAUUUUUCGUUCGCAAACUAUUUGAUGUGAGAUCUAGCUCGAAGAGCCGUAUAUAGAUGCUAAUUGUGCACAAUACGUUUAUGAAAACUUGUAUACUUUCCUCUACUUUUUUAUACGUACACCACCCGAGCACGCACACACACAUAUUUCCAUUCCUCACAUGCACACACCCACAUAACAUCAUUAAUAUGUAAUUAUUUUAUUGUUGGCAAACAGAACAAGUGCGAAGCUGAAUAGAUUAUGAACUACAACAACUAUUUAUCAUAUAUACUAAUCAUGUGAUAAAUGCAAAUGUGUGAGUUUUUU